GAGCGUGUGUCAUGUGUAUACGUACAUAUAUAUCAAUAUAGUGACAUGGCGGCCUCCAUCAAGGCGAUUUCACGGCUGUUGUCGUCCGACGACAGCCUUGUGUACAGGGUAGGAUUGCACAAUAUCCACACGAUACUCAAGUCUAGGACUAAGGUGGACGCAGACACGAAAGCUGCCAUCAUAGGCAUAUUGUGGGAACAAUUACGUAUGGGUAACAAUGAUAUUGCGCGAGCGUGUGCUAUGGAGCUGGGUGGGCUUGUAAGAGCUGGUCUACUAGAGCCUGGUCCCACACUAAAUCAGUUGCAGUCGACCAUGACCAACAUACCCACACGAAAUGUCACCAUUGUAGCGUGUGCGGUUGCGAAUAUAGUACUAGACUCAUUGUUUGACAAGGCAUCUCGAGCGUCUUCAUCCGAUAGUUGCGAUCAUUUGUAUGAUAGUAAUACAUUACAUACCACAUACAUCCAAGGAACCCGCAGAACUGUGAAAGGUGGCGUGAACGAAGCACCACAGCCUUUGGUUAAGUUGCUGGUGUCCUUUGCGUCGGUAUGGCCAGACGUAGUGUGUACAAUUGAGCAGCGGUUGAUAGUUACCGCGACGAAGCCUAGACAGUCUGUAUCAACGAGCAAGUCAUAUACGGUAAAUGGUGCACAACACGGCGAAAUACUUACUACAACUGUUCUGGAGGGCCUGAGACCCUUUUUUUUGCACACGUUGCUUCAGCCGUACGGUAUCGAGCCGGGAUUGCGGUCGAGUGUACUCACGCUUCUCACGCGUCUGUAUAGCAUACACAAUACAAACUCAUAUCCAGAUACAGACACCGCAAUGUCCGAGGCCGAGGCUAGGCGUGACAGUGUGGGCGAUUGGUGUUCAGAUCUCCUGCUUGAGGUUGUGGUGACGAUGUCACUGGAGGAUUCCGAGUGUAUCGGAUGGAUCAAUCUUGUUAUGAGUCUGAUGAUACCGAGUCUCACCAGAUCAACCACGCAGGGUGCCAGUCGUCAAACGAUGCAGUGGUUUGAUCUCUGUCUGUCUUUGUGUACCGAACUGCAACGUGUGGGGCGAGACGGGACGCCAAUCUUAGCACACUUACAGGCCCUUCUGAACGCAGCCAUACGCACUUCUGCUGCAAUAGACUGCUCUACUAUUGUAGGUAUGGGCUACCUGCUAUUGACGUGCACGUCAUCGGAUCUGCCAGUCAUGCUAGAUUUGACACAACAGUUGUAUAAGUAUACAGAGGAGCGUGACUCAAAUACAUCAACGAAUAAUGUACAUGACAGUAGUAUUCAUUCCGAUGCUCAUAAUGAGCCGGUUACAGACAAUGCGAGCGCUGGGGUCGGUGAGUGCGGACGUGGUAUUAGUGCACAGGAAAGCUGGGGAGACUCUUUUCUGCUGUGUGCGUGUGUGCUGCUGGUUAAUAAUCCCGUAGAAGAGGUGGCUUACAUUGCCGGAGAUUUGCUGAGCCGCAUCAUGGCGCGAAGGGUGACGUUGGGGGUUGUACCUCCUUCUGUGUCAACGGACUGCUGUGGAUCUGGACUGAAACAUAUGGACAGACAGACACAGUCGAAACUUUGUUCAUGCUUACAGUUCUGUAGUGAUAGUGGGCAGGGAAUAACAGGCCAUGCUUUCUACAAAACAUUAAUAGCAGCGGCGCAAAUGACGGCACGGUGCAGCGGCCGCAUGUCGCAUCUGGCCAGCCCAGUCGCAGGCACAGAGAACUCCUCCAACAGCGAAGCAAGUGCGAGUAAACGCAUGCAUGACAGUUACUUCCCACCGGUAGUAGGCAAAUCGGCGGCCCGAAGAUCGGGGUUGGGCGUGGAUGCGGAUUCGGGCGAGAAAAAAGGGACCGAAAAUGUCCCAUUCUACAAGUUUUAUGCUCUGUGCCCCUCUCUUUUCUCUGCUAACGUGGGGACGCGGGAGAUGACGAUAGAGGCCAUGUGUGUGCUUGUACAGUUUGACUCCAGAUACGCACUAUGGGCUUUAGCGCUGUUUAUGUUCAGACUAAGAAACGAGACACAGCCAUACAUCAAGCUCAGACUGCUGUAUCGACUACCGGUGCUGGGCACAGACAAGAAAAAGUUCGCGGCGGUCGUACAGGUUCUCAACACAUUAGUCUCCAAGUCUAGUGCUUUAGGCCAGUUCACCAAGCUGAGACUGUCGUGUGAGAUGUGGAAGUGCCAACCCAGGGCAUAUACCGAGUUCAAGGAGUCCAUGUUAAAGUACAAGGAGCAUUUAACCCACCUUACACGCCGGCAGAAGGAGCCUGUGAGUGAGGAACAUUGGGUGGUGUGGUCUCUCACCAUCAGAGACGUGUGUAAGUGGAAAGGUGGUCAGUAUGGCGAGGAGAUGCUGCCGUUAGCUCUGGAUGUAGUGCGAACAUCUACGCAUGAGGCGUGCGUGAUAUUAGGUCUUCAGGCACUGAGACAGCUGUGUAUCGAAGAUAUAGUUAGUGUAAGAGCGGUUUUGAAAGUCCUAUCGAACACCAGCCGACAGAGCGAACUGGGACUAGCUACGGCACAUCUCGCAUGCAUCAACAACGAAACACGGCCUCAAGUAUUGGCCGGAUACCUUGAUCUGCUGAGAAGUAUUCCGCCAACGAUUGAGAAGCAGGAUUACGAGGACACUCCCUCGGGCCUCGAAGGAAGGGCAUGUCAAGAAGAAUUCAGGUACCGAGUUAUCCAGCUGUUGUGGACAGCCGCCACCUUGCACAGGGACUGGCGUGUGCGCAAGAGUGCGUGUGAGGGUUUGCUGCACUUCCCACUGAUUGAUAUGGUCAAGGACUACGAUGCUCUCGUUGACGAUCUCAUACAGAGGCAGCGCAUGACUGUGGCCAAGAAAAUCGAUGUUUCAAACCCGUUGCCUUCAGGCGAGGUGUCAGCGAGUACACAUAUCCCCAUUCCCGUAAGCGGUGAUACGUAUGCUGCCCUUCUAUUGCGUACGGAAAUCGACCAGACCGAAGUUCGGGAUGGCGAAGCUGCCGGUGCAGUGGUAAAAAGGGCGCUGGAGUACGAGCUUACCUUCGCACAGGUGCGGAAAGGCCUGGACUACAAAACCAAGCGUCGAGGACGAGGCCCAGUCACUCGAUCUUCUGUUUCUGACAGAACCGCUGCCGCAGGUACGGACGCUUCAUCGCGUGUAGCGAGAUACAUUGUACAAUUUCUGUCCCGGUCGCACCAAAGCAGUGCCACACCACGAACACGCACUGCUGCGUCUUUUGGAUUGAUACAGUGUGGGCUAGACUCGGAGAGAACCGCUGUGAAUGCUGGGAGUGGUAUGCCUACGACUCACGAGCAUAGGCGGAACAUGCUCAAGUCCAAUAUGAUCGAAUGGAGUGGCCUGAUCAAAUACAGGGGCGCUCCCGUGUCCACUGUUGGCAAUGGAUGCGACUGGCCGUUUCAUCUGCAUCUGAGUGCGUCCUGGGGGAGAUUCAUGGCCCGUUACUUAUACGCUACAUGUCAGGCGAUUGUGGAGGAGAGGAGACGAGAUUCUAAAGAGAAGAUGCAACCACAGGAAAGCGACGAGGAAGAAGAAUCUAUUGAACUCGAAGCCUUCCGCCAAAUUGCUGAGGAACUCGCAGCGGUGUCCCGAACUUCGGGGACGUCGCGAGUCAACUGCACCAUAGCAUUGGGCGCCCUGGUAGCGUGUGUCAAACAGAACUCGCGCGAAUUGUAUGCGUAUGUCGACCGAGUGGUGGCUUCCUUUCUGUGCAUGCUGGACUUGGAGUUGGACGGCGCCACAGAUAUCGAGGAGCGAAACAGAACCAUCGCCGGCCCCGAACUUUCCUGGAUCGUGACAUCAGGGGGUGUCAAUGAUGUCAGUCCCUACAGACGUGUAGCCGCUAUCCUCGGCUUGUGCGCCAUUGGUCCUCGGUUGCGUUCUUCAUCACACGCAAUCUCAAGUACAGAGUUGAGCUUGAGAUUAGUAGAUGUGUUGGAGAACAGAGCCGACUUACUGGACCUAGAUGCCGGUAUUGGCUAUGCGAUAGCUGCUGGCCUAGGCUCAAUGAUGGCUGAGUUACCCACAAGUGCCGAACAUGCUCGGUUGAUUCGCGAUACCACUCGCUCACUCGUACGGGCCGUCCAAGCGGAUGGCACAUCACCGUCGGUGCGACUGGGUGCAUAUAUCGGCAUGUCCAUAGGUGUAAUAGCAUUGAGGCAGGCCACAGAAGACCUAGCAUCUGGUAAGGCAGACAGUCGUAGAUAGGUAUCUUGUCGACGGAGAAAAGCUCUGUUUCUGUUUGAACUUGACUUUAAGCUCCUCGCCUAUACUGUGGGACGAAAACUUUAUUAGAAAAACGUGCGAUUUGUUAUUUUUCUAUGCGCAUGCAUGUAAUAGAGGAAUUGCAAUAUUUUUUUUUGACCACACGUACUUCCAUACAUACUUCGGUUUAAUAUCUUCAAUUACAACUG